AUGGGAUCUGGCAACCCGGUGCCGGUCUGUCCCAUAGUUACUAAGGGGAAGAUGGUGGACUUGGCGACUACGGCGUGUUGUAAACUCCGUCCCAAACACUUUGAAAAACACUCACUGCCUCAACCUGGAAUCAGAAACAGAUUACCCGGGGACAACCACAGAUAAUACACGGACUAACCUGCGGAGGGAAGCCACUUUAUCCGAAGACACAAACUUUAAUCCGCGGAGGAAGCGGCGCAGAGCGGGGGAGUCGUACCGGAGCGUGGCGGUUGGAAGCUAGCAGCUGUUAGCCGCACUGUCCGCUGAAGUGUGGACCAAGCAGCGUGGAUUUUCGGAACUAUUUCAGACCGUGUGUGAGGUUAAACCACGGGGACCACACGGCCUUGUGCUUUUACCCUCUUCUCACCAGCUGUCAAAGCCGUGCGGACUCGUGCUGCCGGUCGGACUAAUAGCGGGCUAACUUUAGCUAGCUAACCGCGGCUAGCCGUGUUGUGAUCGGAGCCUGCUGAAAAUGCCACGGAGCAAAAAGGGGAAACGUGGCUCCGGUAAGCCGGGUUCUCUACGUCAGGAGGUCCUUCAGCUCCAGCUGUCGGCUAAAGCCUCACUGUCGACCAAAGGGGUUAAAAAUGGGAUAAAGGGUGAAUCUGGAGCCAGUGACGAUGAGCUGACCUCUGACGUCCUCAGCCACUACAGCAGCGCCAGUGAAACAGCGUCUGUCGUGGAUGAAGGAACAGGAGGUGAACCUGUGGACGAGCAGACGGCCCAGGAGGAAACAGAGGACAAACUGAAGCAGUGUAUAGACAACCUGAUGGACAAGAGCGCUAAAACCCGUCUCGCAGCGCUGGAGUCUUUGAGACAAGCCUUCUGUUCCAAAGUACUGUAUGAGUUCCUGUCAGAGAGACGCCUUACUGUCAGCGACUGCCUUGAACGGAGCCUUAAAAAAGGUGGGGGGGAGGAGCAGGCGGCUGCAGCCACCGUCUUCACCCUGCUCUGCAUCCAGCUGGGAGGUGGAGACGAGGCCGAGGUGGGUUUCAACAUGCUCCGCCCCCUCCUCUCCAACAUCCUGAUCGACAGCGGCGCCAGCCUCGCUGCCCGCCAGAGUUGUGCCAGAGCCCUGGGCAUGUGCUGUUACGUCUCUGCAGGUGACGACGGAGAGGACCUGAUCAAGUCUCUGGCCCUUCUGGAGAGCGUCUUCACGUCCUCCUAUCCGAACAGAGAGGGGGUCCUACCCACCCCCAAACCCGGGACCCCAGGCCUCCACGCUGCAGCCCUGCAGGCCUGGGCUCUGCUGGUCACACUGUGUCCUGCAUCCAGACUACUGGUGCUGCUGGACCUACACCUGCCCAAACUGGAGGCCUGUCUACAGAGCAGCGACGUCCACUUCAGGAUCGCGGUUGGAGAGACCAUCGCUCUGCUGGUGGAGCUGGGACGGGACGUGGACGAGGAGUUUGAAGUGGACAACAGCGACAGUCUGUGCGAUUGUCUGAAGGGUUUAGCCACCGACGGAAACAAACACCGAGCCAAGAACGACCGCAGGAAGCAGCGCUCCAUCUUCAGAGAAGUGUUGCAUUAUAUAGAGAACGACGACUUCACCGAGGAGAAGAUCCGCUUCGGGGUGGAGAGUGUUUACAUCGACGGCUGGAUGAGGAGACGAAUCUACGACGCCUUUAAGGAAAUCCUAGAGUCUGGAGUCAGACACCACCUACAGUUCAACCCCCUCCUGAGGGACAUCUUUGGCCUCGGCCCCCCACUCAUCCUGGACGCCAACAUCAGAACCAACAAAAUCUCUCGCUUUGAGAAGCAUCUGUUCAACUCUGCUGCCUUCAAGGCCCGGACCAAACAGAGGAGCAAAGUCCGAGACAAACGGGCCGACGUCAUGUGAGCAGAACGACGGAUCAAAGAAGCCUUCAAACACAAAAGACUCAGCACUUGAACGCAGACGGUUCAGUUCCACCUCAAACCCGACCGUGGCCAACGCCCACUUCAGAACCGCCAAAGCUGCUAACAGAACCCCCACAGGCGUCUGGGAAGGAUUCAGCCUCCACCCACCCACCCACCCACCCACAAAUGUACACCCGCCUCCAGAACCUGUCUGUGGUACUCAGGGUUCACCGCUGCCCUGGGCUCUGUCUGAAAGGAACGACGUCAAACUCAUGUUAGUUCAGGUUCCACGUUCAGACCAGUAGGAUCUAAAGUGGAUCAGAACCAAGAAAAUAAGAACACAAGAACCUACAAAUAAUGACAAAUACACACUUUAUGUUUUAGUGAUAGAGAAAAGGUCAAAUAAAUUAAAGAUUUAAAAAAGUUAAAGUACGAUUACAUUAUGAAAAUGUUUACAUCUGCAAACUAUCCUUUAAAAUUUAUGAACAACAUGAAAUGUAUUAAGAAAAGUAAGUGUCAUUUAAACAGUAUUACACCUCAGUUUAUCAUUUACACAUGUUCAUUAAAACUCACUGUGAUGGCGUAUUAAGGCCAUGUAAGAAAACAAGAACAUUUGUCACUACGAAAAUAAAGUCAUAAAAUAUCAAGAUCAAACCCCUAAUUUUGUGAGAAUAAAGUCGAAUACAAAGAGUUAUAAUUUUAUGAGAAUGAAGUCGUAUUAUUAUGAAAAUAACGUUGUAAUUU